CGUGAUGGGCGAGGACCUGGAGGCCCCCGAGUCUGGAGGGCGGCACUGCGGAGCGGACGGCGACUCUGGAGGCGAAGGCCCCGUCCCGGCGGAGACCCCGCAGCUGGUCAUCAGCGGCACCUUCUCGCUGGCUGGCCCGGCCGGCGGUGCGGGGCAGGUGGAGCAGGCCUCGCGGCGGCAGCGAGGCGGGAAGGCGCGGCUCGCGUACAAGUGCGGGGAGUGCGGCAAGAGUUUCCGGGCCGAGGCGGACCUGCGGAAGCACCUGGCGGGGCACUCCAAGGCGGGGCGGCACGCGUGCGGAGUGUGCGGCAAGCAGUGGACUAAGGCUAAGGAUCUGGAGAGGCACGCAAGGAUCCACACCGGGGAGAGGCCGUACCAGUGUGACGAGUGCGGGAGGAAGUUUAUUCAGGAUUCUGAUCUUACAAGGCACAAGAGGAUCCACAGUGGAGAGAAGCCGUACCAGUGUGACGUGUGUGGAAAAGAGUUCAAUCAGAGCGGAACCCUCACUUUGCACAAGAGGAUUCACACUGGAGAGAAGCCCUAUGAGUGCAAAAUGUGCGCGAAGAAGUUCUCUGAUCCCUCAGUUCUACGCCGCCACAAGGGCAUUCAUGCUGGACAGUAACUUUGGGAUAAGCUGUGCUAGUGUGUCGUUUCUUGCUUAAGGCUUUGGAAUAUGUCGUGUGUAUAACGUACUUUCUUUUGAUAUAUCAUUUCAUGCUCGUGAAAGCUAUCAGCUACUAAUUUUAGUUUAAUUUUGCAAAGUCUGUAAUCUUGUUUAACUAUUCCCUCCUUUCUUGUAUUUUUGUGUCAUGUAAAUAAUGUUCGUUGAUGAUAAUCAGUUGUAAUCAUAAGUGCUUUUCUCUUUUGAAGACUUCGGUUUUUGUGAAGGUUAUUCGGUUCAAGCUGUUCAAAUCAAACACGUGUACUCGCUCUAAGUUGUGAUGUCGCUCGGCUUGACUGUUUGGUGAAAGAAGCCUUAUUUGUAAAGUUUUGUCAGAGUCCACUUCGGUAUGUAAAACAUUUCUCGAAGUGUUUUCGAGUAUACCGAAGCACCGUCGUGCAGUACUUUGGAAUCUGUUACAACCGUUUUUAUGUUGUCAAUUGUUUUUUUGCUGCCAACUCCUGCUGCAGUAAUUUUUUUCCUGUUUGUGAGUUCCGUCCUGUACUGGUGUGAUAAGUGAACACAUGUGCCAAGUGCAGGAGCCACAUUUCUUGCGAAGUGUAAAGGCUUUGGAGUGUGUUGGGGCAGAAAGAGGUUCCCUCCGAAUUUUAAUUCCAUGCUCGUAACAACUUUGAGUUCAUAAUUUUUGGUUGUACUCCAGUAAAGUGUGUUGUCUUGGUAGAGCUGCCGAACUGAACUUCUGCGAAGUUCAGAAGUGUUAAAAGCCUUGUUCUUUUCUUGUUUUUUUCUUUUGUGUCGAAUAACAAAGUAUUUAUUGAUGAAAAUAUAGGUCACUAACGUAUCUAAUUUUUAUUGGGAACAAUUCUGUUUUUGCUACAAGGUUUUACGGUUGAAGUUGUUUAAACAAAUGCCUGGG